AUGAAUUCUCUAUCGCUCAACCGAGCAGCUCUUGAUGAGUUUGUCACUUCAAAAGUGACCCGCGAAAUGGUGACAUACCUGGCUCAGCAGGCCGCCCAGGUCAUUCGAUGCGAAGCCCAUGUGACCAACACCGCGAACCCUCAUGGCCAGCCUACACCACCAUCCACUCCUCCCAUGGAGAACUCCGACCUGCCUGCCCUUCCUUCAAUCGAAAUCUUCAUUGCAUCACUCGUCACCCGAUCCCAAGUUCAUGUGUCUACUCUCAUGAGCUGUCUUGUAUACCUCGGCCGUCUGCGCUCCCGCCUGCCUCCAGUCGCCAAGGGCAUGCGCUGUACUGUCCACCGGAUCUUCCUCGCCUCACUCAUUCUCGCUGCGAAGAACCUGAACGACUCAAGUCCCAAGAACAAGCACUGGGCCCGCUACACCGUGGUCAAGGGCUACGAAGGCUUCGGGUUCUCCCUCCCCGAAGUGAACCUUAUGGAACGCCAGCUCCUCUUCCUUUUGGACUGGGACCUGCGCAUCACUGAAGAAGAUCUUUUUACUUACCUCGAGCCCUUCCUUCUGCCCCACCGCCAGCGCCUGAUUGUCCAGGAACGCGAGCGCAAGGCGGAAGAGGAACACCGUCACAAGCAACAGCAACAUCGCGAAUGGCGCCGUCUUCACGCAUCAGCGGACCUGCUGGCCAGCCGCCUGCGUCGCCAGAAGCUUGAGGCCCGCGGUGAACGCCGCGAUAGUACUCUCCGUCGCCUACCAAGCCACGCCUCCUGUCCAACAAUCCACAACAUCAACCCGCAAAGCGCGGCCGAACACGAUCGCUACAAUCCCUAUAUCCGUCGAUCCCCAACCAAACCCCGUUCUACCUCACCACCAUCCGUCCGUGAUGUCCCUGCCCUCUCCCAUGCAGAGACCUUCAAUUCCCUUUGCUCGCGCUCUUCUAGCAUCGCCCCAAGCUCUAGAGGCACACCCGCCUCCAUCAGCACCGUCUCCUCCGGCCCUGAUGACCUCACUUUCUCCGACCAAUCGCGCAGUCCCUCGUCCCUCUCUUCCCUCAGCUACAGCUAUGUCAACGUCCCCACCGAGAAGAAGUACGAGCCCACCCGCCAACCCUCCAAGAAGAUGAAGGUUGGCGGCCCGCACAGCGGUUUCGUCGCUCGCUUCCUCGCCUCCGCGACUGGCUCGUACAUGGGUGGUCGUCGCUCUCACUAG